UGGGGUGCAGACUUCAUUCUGGAUCCCCGGUUGCUGUGCAGCCGCUGUUGCUGCAGGGGGAGUCUUCCACAGCGCGAUGUGUUGCGAUGUGCGGCCGCGUUUUUAUUUGCCUCUGCUCCGCUUUUCUUCUUCUUCAUCUAAUCCCAUUUGCAAGACUCUUGGGGAACGCAUUCAUUAAAAAGGGAGCGCUUGGUGAAGGAGGGAGGUGACACAUCUUCACUGGGAGGGUCAGGAAAACUGCCCAGCGCAUCGCCAGAGCACCACUUCCUGCCAUAAAGGACAUCUACAGGAAGCGGUGUCUGAAAAGGGCAGGGAAAAUCAUCAGAGACCACAGUCACCCAUCGCAUGCACUGAUCACCCUGCUGCCCUCUAGGAGGCGCUACAGGAGCCUCCGGACUAAGACCACCAGGUUUUAGGAUGCGAUCCCUGAGGAAGACGGUGCUGCUCGCCAUCCUGGUUUCUGUGGUGCUCGUGUUCGCUCUCCUUCAUUCCUGGCCCACUCGGGCUUACAGCACAGUAGACGUCUGGCAGCGACUGGGACCACCAGGAGAAAGACUCCUGGAAGAAAAGCUCCCAGAACCAGACCACCAGUUGAGCAGCAUCCCUUUUCACGUCAGGGAUGGCGUAGCAAGCUUGUUGGCCCGUAAUGGCUGCGUGUGCGAGGGCGAGAGUGGAGGAGUGAAUUUGCCUUUUGCCCAACUCUUAUUCCCUCGGGUGUCGGCUCACCCUCUGCACACUGCCUUUGAUGCCUCUGAGCUGGAGGAAAUGAAGAAGAGACGGGCCAAAGAGUACAAAAGCUUUCAAAGCAGAUCGAAGACUCCUGCUGAUGCACUCAUCAUCGCUGAGGCCAACAGUCCCCUGCAGUAUCCAACCCAGGGGCUGGAAGUACGGCCCAUGAAAACAAUCCUCAUCCCAGGCUUGGCCUUACACGAUGUUCCCAGGGACCAUUACUCAUUAAACAUCACUGCCACCCUGGGAGUGCUGAACGUAGCAGCAGAAGUGGAAGAGGUGAAGAUUAAUGGUGAUGGUGAGAUGCAUAUGACCCUUUCCAGCACCCUGUUGCCGAACCUGAACCGACAGCUGCAGUUUGUCACCUACACCAACACGCUGUUUCACCCGAGUACUGCAGACACAGUGCAGUUUGAAUCGGAAGGGCAUCAAGCUGUCUUCAGCAUCAAGAUCCGCCACGGAGUGACUCCUAAACUUUACAACACAGGAUCUAAAGAAGAGUACAACGUCAGCGCUCUGGUUACCAUAGCUACAAAGACUUUCCUGCGUUAUGAGAAGCUUCAGAAUCUCAUUGACAGCAUCAGAAGAUACUAUCCUACCAUCACAAUAGUCAUCGCCGACGACAGCGAGAAUCCCAAAGCCAUCUCUGGGCCUUACAUUGAGCACUACAUCAUGCCCUUUGGAAAGGGUUGGUUUGCUGGAAGAAACUUGGCUGUUUCCCAGGUGACAACGAAAUAUGUGCUCUGGGUGGACGAUGACUUCAUCUUCACAGCCAAUACCAGGCUGGAGAAGCUUGUGGAUGUUUUAGAAAAGACCACUCUGGAUCUGGUUGGGGGUGCAGUACGGGAAGCUACGGGGUACACCGCGACCUACCGACAGACCAUCUCCAUUGAGCUAGGAGAGGAGGACGGUGACUGUUUGCACAUGAGGAGAGGGUUUCAUCACGUCAUUGAGGGAUUCCCAAACUGUGUCGUGACAGACGGAGUCAUUAAUUUCUUCUUAGCUCGCACUGAUAAAGUCCAGCAGGUGGGCUUUGACCCUCGUCUGGCCAGGGUGGCCCACCUGGAGUUUUUCAUUGAUGGACUUGGAUCUCUUCAUGUGGGCUCUUGCGAUGACGUCAUCAUUAAUCACGCAACCAAAAUCAAGCUCCCCUGGACCAGCCAGUCGGAGAGCGACAAGACGUACGCCAAGUUUCGUUACCCACCUGCCUCCUCUGAUGCCACACGCACAAAAAAUGGCCUCUUGUUCUUCAAGAACCGAUUCCAGUGUUUGACUCAUAAUUAGGUUCCUUCUUUUCUAUUGACCCCCGAAAGUUUCUUUGUUCUUCCUGAGUUGCCAAAGAAGCUUUCCUCCACCCUUCACUGUCAGAUAAGAUUCACGACAAUCUGUUUCGUUUGUGGUGUCUGGAAAACCUCGGAAGGCUUUCUGUGGAAAAAAGGAAUUUUGUUGUGGAGAGAAACCGGAACAAAUCUUAUCUAAUUGUGAAAUCACAGCCUAGUUAGGUUUUGAUUAGUCAAAUCUUAUCUGGCUAAAUAUGCUUGAGUUGUUCCAAACCCAAAUGGCAUCAAGACGAUGUGUCUCUUCUCUUUCAUCCCGUUUUACUGUUGGGAUCACCUGUUUUCCUGCUUGGAAAACUAACCGUGGAGUCUGAAGGACACAGAGCGGGAACAAAGAGAUGUGUCAUAAAAAGAGACAAUCUGAGAGCCACUCCAGAGUCACGUAAGGAACACUUACAGUGGUUUUGUCAGCUGUUAAACAGCUGGAAUUGGGUUGCUUUUUUGUUUUUGUGUCAUGGUUUUUCUACCUCCUUUUACCUAGAAUCGUUUUUGGUUCAGUGUGUGAAAUCACACCUGAAGAGUUAAAACUUUGGACCCACCGGGAAGAGGACAGACUGUUCUGGAGACAGCUUUUUUUGUUUGUUUGUUUUUGCUGCCGUCUGUCGCUCUUCAAGAAGUACCUUGAAUUAAGAAGUUUUGGAGUCAUUGCACGCUACUUAGGAAAAGGAAACUGCAUCCUUUCAUGCUGCCUGAGUGGAAAAUGUGGACAAACCAAAGUGCAUGUUUAUUUUCUGUCAAUAAAAAAGACAGACAGGGAGGAAAAUGACAUGUUUGGUAAUAAAACACAGAGAGAAGAAGACUUUUAAAAGAAAUGAGAUGAGCUGAGCACAUCAGUUCUGAGGCCCAGAUUACAAAGAAUAUGCUACAAAAGUUCAUUUUACUUUUGUUUGUCAUAUGCACCUGCUAUCUGUUUCUUCUCAGAUUCACUGAAAUAGUGCAAAGUGUGUGCUGAUUCAACCCCUUUCAUCACCAGACUUGAGUACUUUCAAUUAUUUAAUGUCUAAUGCAGUUUUCUUCUCCAUAAGACCUCAAGAUUUACUUCUGUUGCAAACACUAUACAGGCAUAAAUAUAAUUGAGGUUCAAUGGUUUUCACUCAGUGAGCUGCAGUUCUUAAUGGUUAAAGAACAAAGGCCCUCUUCCUGAGGGAGGAAUGGUCACGGUUACAUUGUUUCCAUACAAGGGCGUGCUCUCCCUUUCCUCUUUUUUAAAGGAUACAGUCCAACAAACACUCCUCAAGGUGCACAUUUAAGCAGCUCUCAAGAGACAGAAGCUAUUUCCCUCUAACUGCAUCAAUAAGUUGAAGCCUUUCCCCUAAUUGUUAUUUUAAAAAUAUGUGCAGGUCUCCCUCCGAAUGCAUGUACACCUCAAUUAAAUGUGAGCAGACUUCAUCAACACAGACAUUUUCUUUGGUUGUCAGUUCAGAGUGAUGCAAAACCCUAAUUUGCACUUGCAAAACACUUUUUUAUGAAUUCGGGCCCUGGUGGGGUAAUAGAUGAAGUGACACUGUUUUAUUUUGACAAGAUGGACUGUAGGUGGUACCGUUGAGUCCUUGUAUGGAUUCUUAACAUGUCAAACAAUGUUUAAUAUUCGUUAUGAGCAAAAAGGUGCAGGAAGUUGUAUUUAUUUAUUUAAUCUUUUAAUUCUUUGAGAUAUUUUUCUGUCUUGUAAUUUCUUUUUGUUUCAUUGUGUUUACAAACAGCUGUACCAACAUGAACAUCAGACUUUUAUUGGUCAUGUUUUAAGUUUGACCAGUAAUAGUGAUUUUGUGAUUGUUUUUGACAGACAUGUUCAUGUUUAUUUUCUUGUUCUUUGACAGUGUCAUUAUCAUGUGUUGUGUUGGCACAGAAUUAUAUUACCCCUUCAGCCCUGAUUCACUGAAGUCAAUACUUUUAUCAUGACAUUAGAAACAAUUUUAUUUUAUUUGUCUGUGAAAUAAAAACUCCUUUUUAUUUAUUUUGAUGGGGCGUUUGAGGUGUGGACAUAAAGAUGCUCUUUACCUCUGCA